CGCUUGAAGGUAAAAACAGCACAGCGGAGCAGGAAACGGCCAACGAGCAGCUGCAACGGCGGCCGAGCGUGCAGACACACCCGGAGGAAGAGGACGUGCAGCGGCAGAUCGAGCAGAGGUAUCAGCUGCAGCAGCAACGAAUGGAACAGGAAAGGCUGGAGAGGGUGCAACAGGAAGAGGAAUUGAGGAAGCAGCAAGAGGAGGAGAAGCACCAGCAGGAGCAAGAGUUGAUGAGGCAGAGGGAACGGGAGCUGAUGAAGCAUCAAGAUGAGGAAGUGAAGAGGCAACGGGACGAGGAGUCGAAGGGACAGCAGGAAACGGAUAUGAAGAAACGGGAGAAAGAGGAGAAGAGGGAAGAGGGGCUGAAGAAGGAGCAAGAGAAGGAGGAGACGAAGAAGAAGGAAUUGAAGAAACAGGAGAGAAAGGAGUCGAAGAAGGAACUGAAGUCGAAGAAACAGCAGAAGGAGGAGUUGAAGAAGCAGCAGGAACUGAAGAAGAAACAAGAAAAGGAGGAUGCGGAGAAGAAGGAUCAGGAGAAGGAUGAACCGAAGAAGCAGGAACAGAAGAAGAAACAAGAGAAUGAGGAAGCGAAGAAACAGGAACUAAAGAAGGAUCAGGAGAAGGAUGAACCCAGGAAGCAGGAACAGAAGAAGAAACAAGAGAAGGAGGAAGCGAAGAAACAG